AUGCAAGGUUAUUCGUUUGCGCCCCCAGCGGGCCCCCCGAGAGAAGGCCAAAAAAACUAUGUAUUCGUUGAUGAGCACAACCGACACAAGAGGCUGAAGGUGAUGCGAGCCUGUAACGGUUGCCGGAAAAGGAAAAUCAAGUGCGACGCAGCUACGACAAAUACGUGGCCUUGCUCUGCAUGCACUCGUCUAAAGCUGGUUUGCGUGCCUCCGACCAUCGGGCAAGAUGGAGACUUUCUCCCUGAUGGCCAGGGCGAGUCUACUCUAGAGACUGGAGGACCCUCCAAUGCAGACGAGGGCUCUCAUACAUUUCCAGGGCCCCCAGUUUACAGAGACAACAGUCAACCCACCAUGAACACAAUCCCCUCGUAUGAUCAAAUGAGCAUGUAUUCCCAAUUCGUCCCUCCUCAGGCUCAACCUGGCAUCUACAACGAUCUUCAGUCACCACAAAUGGCAAUGCCACACCAAAAUUUUCAACAGCCUCAAAUGUUUCCCGGGCCACAAACUCCAUCUAUGGGAUCGUCAGAUCGGAAUAUGUAUGCCGAUAACGAGCAUGCAGAAAACCUUAGUGAUGUACUUGGGGAGUUGAAGAUUGACGAGAGUGGGAUUGCCCCAUACAUUAGAAGGCAACGCACAGAUCGAAUUGAGCCCGACGCCCCUGUCCAGGAUGAGGCUGAAGAGCAAUUACCACCUCUCAGAACCGGAUCGGGUGCGACGAUUCGAAUUCCCCCUGAGCUCAUGCCUGCCGAAGACGACGUAAUGGCCUAUUUCAAGAUCUACUUUGAUGAGAUACACCCAUAUGUUCCUGUCAUAUCUCGUGCCCAUCUGUAUUAUCAAUGGCAGCAUGAUCGCCAUUCCAUCUCCCCCCUUCUUCUCGAGGCCCUUUUUGCAUGCGCGGGCCGUUUAUCUGAUGAGCCUUCAGAAGGCGCUCAGUGGCUUGCCUUGGCAAAUAGGCACGAAACUAGCUUUAUGGAUGUACCACGUCUGAGUACUAUCCAGGCAUUACUUCUGCUACUAAAAGCACGGGAGUCUUUGCCAAAGAAAGGGUACUAUUAUCGGUCGUGGCAGACUGUCAAGACUAUUGUAUCAAUGGCGAAAGAUUUGGACAUCCACGAACAUUACAGCAGUCACGCUGAAGGCAAGCCGUGUGGACUCGGUCCAAUUGAAUGCUUGGUGCACACCAGAGUGUGGCAGGCUCUCAUGGUGGUUGAGGUGAUGAUUGGUGGGCCGCAAGGCCGUUCGGAUUACGGGGUCGAUCCUCAAACAGUGGAUAUGCGCCCGGCGCCAGAUAUCAGAGGUCUCGAUCAUUACGAGAUGGACCGCUCAAGACAAUACGCCUAUUUCAUUCGCAACGCACAUCACAUUCGCAUCAUUACAGAUAUCUAUCACAAAGUCAAGAAGCAAAAGGACUGGGGUGCAGAUGCCAGAUUUGUGCGAAUCAACCCGCUUUUCGCAGAUUGGCUUCGCAGCCUCCCUCCGGACCUACAGGUCAAUUAUCCUACCGAUGGCUCUCCACCGUGGCUUCCAUCUCAUUUUGUGGGCAAUAUGCAUUCUCAUUGCCAUCUCGCCAUUAUUAUGCUACAUCGCCCUCAACUGUUCGCUUCUCAAUCUUUUGCAGCCGGUGGUGAAUGGAAGAUCCAUAUGUCACUGUGCUACUCCUCGGCGAAAAGCCUCUGUCGACUACAAGAAGCCAUCUUGCAAAGGUUUGGGCUAUCUGGCCUGCUUUACAUGCAAAGAGGUAUCAAUUUUGCCAUAUAUUGUAUCUUGACUUGUACGAUGCUACACCUGAUUGCGAUUACCUCCCCCGACCCUGAGUUCAACUCGGAUGCCCGUGAAUUCUUCACCCGCCAUAUGCGAAUUCUCGAGACGUGCUCCACCGCCUGGCCCAUGCCUGAAAUUCAAGCUCAGAUCGAUUCAUUAAGACUGGCUUUCUCCGCCGACAUGCAUCGUCCUUUCGACUUGAAGCCCAGUUUCCCAUACGGGAGUCCCUCGGAACCCUAUCAGCCCAGUCCACCUAUGGAUGCGCACUACCAUCCACACUUGAAUCAACUCCAAUCCAGAGUGCGUUACAACCCAGUAACUCCUCCAAUUUCGACUGAUGCUGAAGACUCGAAGUCCGACACAUCUUCUCAGAUACAGUCUCUUGGAAUGGUUCCCCAUCAGCCUCCGACAACUCAUCCCAUGGAAGCCGCUUCGGUUGAUGAACACCAAUGGGACCCGACCCGAAUCAUCACUCAAUGGGACAUGGCCUUCUCCGUGAACCCCGCUACCGUCAGCGCAAACUCCCCGCCGAUGCCUAUAAACACCUCAGUACCGGGUGUACAAAGCGUUAUGAACCCCCAAUACCCCGUCCAGUACGAGACACCUAACAAAGUGCCUUCUAUCACGUCUACCCAGUCUCUCUCCCCUCCCCAGUUCCAAGCACCUCCAGUUGUGUUUUCAGCACGAGAAUGGCAGCAAAGUGUUGCGAGUGUGUACGAUCCACAGGGGACCAAACGGCGAUGGAAUUAUUCAGUUGAUCCUGGCCCGGACAAUAUGUCUAAGCGUCAACGAGGAUGA